UUAAUCUCACGAGGCGAACCAAAGGACCCUUGCAAUAUAAAUUAAAGAACAUUACUAUUAGGCCUUAUAUUAAAGUCCAGCUUUCCCAAGAAUAGUAAGCAUCAGCUGAAGAAAUGGCAAUCGAGGCGUGGUUUAUGGAUGAAAAUUCAGAAGAUCAGAGACUACCUCACCAAAACAAUCCACCGGAGUUUGUUUCUGUGGAGAAAUUGGCAGAACUUGGAGUUUUGUACUGGAAAUUGAUCCCUAAGGAUUACGAGAACGACGAACAAUUGAAGAAAAUUCGUCGAAGUAGAGGUUACAGUUACAUGGACUUGCUGGAUUUAUGCCCUGAGAAAGUGGAUAACUAUGAGCAGAAGUUGAAAAUUUUCUACACGGAGCACAUACAUGCUGAUGAGGAGAUACGUUACUGUCUGGAAGGGAGUGGAUAUUUUGAUGUGAGAGACAAGGAUGACCGCUGGAUUCGUAUCUGGAUGAAGGCCGGUGAUAUGAUCGUCCUGCCUGCUGGGAUUUACCACCGGUUCACCCUCGAUGCUGGUAACUAUAUCAAGUUGAUGAGAUUGUUUGUGGGAGAGCCUGUAUGGACACCUUACAAUCGACCACAAGAAGAUCAUCCAGCAAGGAGGGAUUACAUCAAGAGUGUUAAUGAAAGAGUAGGAGUGCCUCUUGCAGCACACUAAAGACAUUGAGCUCUACAAGAACAAGUUUGCUGCAUAUUGUUGUAUGUUUGUAUAGAAUAUAUCUUAUGUAUAUCUGGAGACAAUGUAAUAAUCAAUAGUCUUAUUUCAUGAAUAUAUAUCUGGACUGGGUGAAUUUAUGCUGUGUUGAGAUAUUAUGUCAAUGGCCUGUGGUAUGACAGAAAACAAAUUUGGGGAUUUUAGUAAAUAAUUUGAGUUAUGGUUUUAUUAAA